UUUCUAGAAGAAGCAUCUCAACAAGAAAAGCUGGCCAAAGAAUGGUGCUUCAAGCCGUGUGAGAUAAGAGAACUGAGCCACCAUGAGUUCUUCAUGCCCGGGCUGGUUGAUACACACAUCCAUGCUCCUCAGUAUUAUUUUGCUGGGAGUAAGGUGGACCUACCGCUUCUGGAGUGGCUGACUGAGUACACAUUUCCUACAGAACUCAACUUCCAGAGCAUCGACUUUGCUGAAGAAGUGUAUACCAAAGUUGUCAGGAGAACGCUGAAGAAUGGAACAACCACAGCUUGUUACUUUGGAACAAUACACACUGACUCAUCUCUGCUUCUUGCGGAAAUUACAGAUAAAUUUGGGCAGCGGGCAUUUGUGGGCAAAGUCUGCAUGGAUAUGAAUGACACUGUUCCGGAAUACAAGGAGACCACUGAGGAAUCAAUCAAGGAGACAGAGAGAUUCGUGUCAGAAAUGCUCCAAAAGAACUAUCCUAGAGUGAAGCCCAUAGUGACACCACGUUUCUCCCUUUCCUGCACUGAGCAGUUGAUGAGCGAACUUGGAAACAUCGCGAAGACCCAUGAUUUGCACAUUCAGAGCCAUAUAAGUGAAAAUCGUGAUGAAACUGAAGCUGUGAAAACCUUAUACCCCAGUUAUAAAAACUAUACAGAUGUGUAUGAUAAAAACAAUCUUCUGACAAAUAAGACAGUGAUGGCCCAUGGCUGCUACCUUUCUGCAGAAGAACUGGAUGUAUUCAGGGAACGAGGAGCAUCGAUCGCACAUUGUCCCACUUCUAACUUAACGCUCAGGAGCGGCCUUCUCAAUGUGCUAGACGUGCUGAAACAUGAAGUGAAAGUAGGGCUGGGUACAGACGUGGCUGGCGGUUAUUCAUGUUCCAUGUUCAAUGCAAUCAGAAGCGCAAUGAUGGUUUCCAACGUUCUUUCGAUAAAUGAGAAAAGCCUCACCCUCAAAGAGGUAUUCAGACUAGCUACUCUUGGAGGCAGCCAAGCCCUGGGGCUUGAUAGAGAGAUUGGAAACUUUGAAGUUGGCAAGGAAUUUGAUGCCCUCUUGAUCAACCCCAAAGCAUCUGAUUCUCCCAUUGACCUGUUCCAUGGGGAUUUUGUUGGUGAUAUUUCUGAGACUAUUAUCCAGAAGUUUCUCUAUCUAGGAGAUGACCGAAACAUUGAGGAGGUUUAUGUGGGCGGAAAGCAGGUGGUGCCCUUUUCAAGCUCAGUCUAA